AUGGCAGAUCUCGUUGGAAAGUUGACCGCCUCUGGAGGCACCGAAUCCGCAGGAUUCCUGAACGAUAUCAUCGAGCAGCUAUGGCCCAAUAUCAACGUUGCAGGCUGCAAGAUGGUCAAGGACAUCGUCGAGCCCAUGUUUGCUUCCAUGCUCCCGGGCCCUCUGGCUACACUCAAGUUCGUCAAGCUCGACCUUGGCAAUGUUCCCAUGCGGGUUUCUAAGGUGGAUGUCCACAAGGCCGAUAACGACGGGAUCAAGCUUGACAUGGACGUGACCUGGGAGGGGAAGAGCGACAUUGAACUGGAUGGCAAGAUGGUUCCCAAACUGGGCAUCGAGCAUGUCCAUUUGAAGGGCAGACUGUCCAUUCUGCUUGCUCCUUUGACAAAUGUCAUUCCCUUGAUUGGGGCUGCGCAAGUUGCUUUCAUCAACCCGCCGGAGCUCAAGCUCGACUUCACCAACGCAGCCAACGUCGCAGACUGGGCUCUUGUGGACAAGGCCGUCCGCAAGGUCAUCCUCAACAUCAUCGCCUCCAUGGCUGUUCUCCCCAACCGCUAUCUCGUCAAGCUGGACGGCAACAACGACUACUUCAAAACGUACUUGCCCCCCCUGGGCGCACUGCGCUUAACUGUUGAGAGAGCUGUUGGCAUCAGUGGCCCGAAGAAGAGCGGUGCCAAGAGAUUGUUGGCCAAGAUCGUCAAGGAUGUUCCCGACUGUUACUGCAAAGUCAACGUCGGCGCUGAGGAGGAAUGGCGCACCUCGGUCAAGAAGAACGACAAAGAUCCAGAAUGGAACGAGACCCACGACUUUCUGGUGGCGGACUACGAGCAGCGGAUUUUCCUCGAUGUCCAGGACGACGAUCUCGGCGGCGACGACGAUAUUGGCAUCGCCACAACCUCAGUCAAGGACAUCUUAUUGAACAACGGCUCGCAGGAGUUAGCACUCACCCACAAGGGCGAGCCCACGGACGCCAAGAUUGUCGUCCACGCCAAGUUCUACAACUUUGUCGAGGACGCUGGUGUGAUUACAUCUACCCAGAGUGAGAGCGAGGGCCAGAUUGUCGGCCUUGCCACGGUGCUCAUCGCCAGCGCCCUCGGGCUGCAGGGCCAGCGCGACGAGCUCAACCCCAGCAUCAAGUUCACGUGGGGCGCCAAGGAGUACCGCACCGCGGCCAAGUCCUACAGCCCCGGAACGGACAUCUACAACCCUUCCUUCGACCAGGCCUUUAGGAUCCCGGUGACGGCGGACCUGCUCGCCAGCCCCGGAAACUUCAAGAUCUCGCUGAUGAACAAGACCGACGAGACCGGGUCGGUCGAGAUCCCUUUCCAGGACGUCCUCCAAGCUCCUGGUCUGGUCAAGGAGGAGAGCUUCGACGUCGGCUCGGGCGCGACGGUCCGGGCGAGGAUCUCGCUCCGGGGCUUGCAGGCGAGCACCUAA